AUCAAAGUAAAAGAGAGUGCAGUUCGUUAGGAGAUAUGGCAACAACGAUGCCCACGAGAUCGCUGCUAUUCAGAUGUUUUUACCGCAGAUCUUCCGUUUUCUCCUCUUACACCGCCGUCGCCGUCGCAGACGCUGUCAACCACCACACCUUCCGCCACCUUCACUUUUCUCCUUCUUCGCUGGCUUCACCGGAAUCUGUUCUUCCAGAAUAUCGUCAUCCAUUUGCAUUUGAAUUGGGAAGUGUACGUUCCUUCAGUGAGCAUGUGACACACAUGCCAAGUCUGCACGAUGAAGAAAUCAAGUGUGCUUUUAAAGACUUAAUGGCAGCAAGCUGGGAUGGAAUACCAAAAGCUGUUAUUGAUGAAACAAACAAGGCAUUGUCCAAAAGUACUGAUGACAAGCCUGGCCAGAAGGCCCUGGCUAAUGUUUUUCGCGCAGCAGAAGCCAUUGAAGAGUUCAUUGGGAUAAUAAUGAACUUGAAAAUGGCAAUUGAUGAUGCCAUUGGAUCAAGUGGUGAGAAUGUGAAGCCUAUCCCAAGAGAUAUAGCUAAUGCAGUGAAUACAAUAUUCCAACGUUAUAAUUCAUAUUUGGAUGCCUUUGGGCCGGAGGAGGGAUAUUUAAAGAAGAAAGUUGAGACUGAACUGGGAAGCAGGAUGAUAUUCUUGAAGAUGAGGUGCAGUGGCCUAGGAUCUGACUGGGGAAAGGUUACGGUUCUUGGGACGUCUGGGCUUGCUGGUUCUUAUGUCGAGCAAAGGGCGUAAAUCUGCACAUGUUGAUCUAUACCCCCCCCCCCUUUUAUAUAUAAUAAUGUCCCCGUUUAGUUUUUGAGCUUGCUGGUUGCGCUGUAGUUUGUUCUGUUUCAAUCAGCUUCUUUAAAAUUCUAAGCAAAAGGAUAAUAAUGAGCGGAUAUUUUCACAUCUAUGAAUACUUUUUUUCCCAGAUUAAUGUUAGCCGGACUUUUUGAUGUUGGAAAUGUUUGCUCCACCCAUCCUGCAAUUAAGCUUGCAUUUUCCG